CGCCGCUCACGUGGUCCGUCUCCAGCCCCGUCGCCGGCGGAGGCGGGCGCGGGCGCGUCCCUGUGGCCAGUCACCCGGAGGAGUUGGUCGCACAAUUAUGAAAGACUCGGCUUCAGCUGCUAGCGCCGGAGCUGAGUUAGUUCUGAGAAGGUUUCCCUGGGCGUUCCUUGUCCGGCGGCCUCUGCUGCCGCGUCCAGAGACGCUUCCCGAUAGAUGGCUACAGGCCGCGGAGGAGGAGGAGGAGGAGUUGCUGCCCUUCCGGAGUCCGCCCCGUGAGGAGAAUGUCCCAGAAAUCCUGGAUAGAAAGCACUUUGACCAAGAGGGAAUGUGUAUAUAUUAUACCAAGUUCCAAGGACCCUCACAGAUGCCUUCCAGGAUGUCAAAUUUGUCAGCAACUUGUCAGGUGUUUUUGUGGUCGCUUGGUCAAGCAACAUGCUUGUUUUACUGCAAGCCUUGCCAUGAAAUACUCAGAUGUGAAAUUGGGUGACUAUUUUAAUCAGGCAGUAGAAGAAUGGUCUGUGGAAAAGCAUACAGAACAGAGCCCAACGGAUGCUUAUGGAGUCAUAAAUUUUCAAGGGGGUUCUCAUUCUUACAGAGCUAAGUAUGUGAGGCUAUCAUACGACACCAAACCUGAAGUCAUUCUGCAACUUCUGCUUAAAGAAUGGCAAAUGGAAUUACCCAAACUUGUUAUCUCUGUACAUGGGGGCAUGCAGAAAUUUGAGCUUCACCCACGAAUCAAGCAGUUGCUUGGAAAAGGUCUUAUUAAAGCUGCAGUUACAACCGGAGCCUGGAUUUUAACUGGAGGAGUAAACACAGGUGUGGCAAAACAUGUUGGCGAUGCCCUCAAAGAACAUGCUUCCAGAUCAUCUCGAAAGAUUUGCACUAUCGGAAUAGCUCCAUGGGGAGUGAUUGAAAACAGAAAUGAUCUUGUUGGGAGAGAUGUGGUUGCUCCUUAUCAAACCUUGUUGAACCCCCUGAGCAAAUUGAAUGUUUUGAAUAAUCUACAUUCUCAUUUCAUAUUGGUGGAUGAUGGCACCGUUGGAAAGUAUGGGGCAGAAGUCAGACUGAGAAGAGAACUUGAAAAAACUAUUAAUCAGCAAAGAAUUCAUGCUAGAAUUGGCCAAGGUGUCCCUGUGGUGGCACUUAUAUUUGAGGGGGGGCCAAAUGUUAUCCUCACAGUUCUUGAAUAUCUUCAGGAAAGCCCCCCUGUUCCAGUAGUUGUAUGUGAAGGAACAGGCAGAGCUGCAGAUCUACUAGCAUAUAUUCAUAAACAAACAGAAGAAGGAGGGAAUCUUCCUGAUGCAGCAGAGCCCGAUAUUAUUUCCACUAUCAAAAAAACAUUUAAUUUUGGUCAGAGUGAAGCAGUUCAUUUAUUUCAAACUCUGAUGGAGUGCAUGAAAAGAAAGGAGCUUAUCACUGUUUUCCAUAUUGGGUCAGAUGAACAUCAAGAUAUAGAUGUAGCAAUACUUACUGCACUCCUGAAAGGUACUAAUGCAUCUGCAUUUGACCAGCUUAUCCUUACAUUGGCAUGGGAUAGAGUUGACAUUGCCAAAAAUCAUGUAUUUGUUUAUGGACAGCAGUGGCUGGUUGGAUCCUUGGAACAAGCUAUGCUUGAUGCUCUUGUAAUGGAUAGAGUUGCAUUUGUAAAACUUCUUAUCGAAAAUGGAGUAAGCAUGCAUAAAUUCCUUACCAUCCCGAGACUGGAAGAACUUUACAACACUAAACAAGGUCCAACUAAUCCAAUGCUAUUUCAUCUUGUUCGAGACGUCAAACAGGGAAAUCUUCCUCCAGGAUAUAAGAUCACUCUAAUUGAUAUAGGACUUGUUAUUGAAUAUCUCAUGGGAGGAACCUACAGAUGCACCUACACUAAAAAACGUUUUCGAUUAAUAUAUAAUAGUCUUGGUGGAAAUAAUCGGAGGUCUGGCCGAAAUACCUCCAGCAGCACUCCUCAGUUGCGAAAGAAUCAUGAAUCUUAUGGCAAUAGGGCAGAUAAAAAGGAAAAGAUGAGGCAUAAUCAUUUCAUUAAGACAGCACAGCCCUACCGACCAAAGAUUGAUACAGUUAUGGAAGAAGGAAAGAAGAAAAGAACCAAAGAUGAAAUUGUAGACAUUGAUGAUCCUGAAACUAAGCGUUUUCCUUAUCCACUUAAUGAACUUUUAAUUUGGGCAUGCCUUAUGAAGAGGCAGGUCAUGGCCCGUUUUUUAUGGCAACAUGGUGAAGAAUCAAUGGCUAAAGCGCUAGUUGCCUGUAAGAUCUAUCGUUCAAUGGCAUAUGAAGCAAAGCAGAGUGACCUGGUAGAUGAUACUUCAGAAGAACUGAAACAGUAUUCCAAUGAUUUUGGUCAGUUGGCUGUUGAAUUAUUAGAACAGUCCUUCAGACAAGAUGAAACGAUGGCUAUGAAAUUGCUCACUUAUGAACUCAAGAACUGGAGUAAUUCAACCUGCCUUAAGUUAGCAGUUUCUUCAAGACUUAGACCUUUUGUAGCCCACACCUGUACACAAAUGUUGUUAUCUGAUAUGUGGAUGGGAAGGCUGAAUAUGAGGAAAAAUUCCUGGUACAAGGUCAUACUAAGCAUUUUAGUUCCACCUGCCAUAUUACUGCUAGAAUAUAAAACUAAGGCUGAAAUGUCCCAUAUUCCACAAUCUCAAGAUGCUCAUCAGAUGACAAUGGAUGACAGCGAAAACAACUUUAAGAACAUAACAGAAGAGAUCCCCAUGGAAGUAUUUAAAGAAGUAAGGAUUUUGGAUAGUAAUGAAGGAAAGAAUGAAAUGGAGAUACAAAUAAAAUCAAAAAAGCUUCCAAUCACACGAAAGUUUUAUGCCUUUUAUCAUGCACCAAUUGUAAAAUUCUGGUUUAACACGUUGGCAUAUUUAGGAUUUCUGAUGCUUUAUACCUUUGUGGUUCUUGUACAAAUGGAACAAUUACCUUCAGUUCAAGAAUGGAUUGUUAUUGCUUAUAUUUUUACUUAUGCCAUUGAGAAAGUCCGUGAGAUCUUUAUGUCUGAAGCUGGGAAAAUAAACCAGAAGAUUAAAGUAUGGUUUAGUGAUUACUUCAAUAUCAGUGAUACAAUUGCCAUAAUUUCUUUCUUCAUUGGAUUUGGACUAAGAUUUGGAGCAAAAUGGAACUUUGCAAAUGCAUAUGAUAAUCAUAUUUUUGUGGCUGGAAGAUUAAUUUACUGUCUUAACAUAAUAUUUUGGUAUGUGCGUUUGCUAGAUUUUCUAGCUGUAAAUCAACAGGCAGGACCUUAUGUAAUGAUGAUUGGAAAAAUGGUGGCCAAUAUGUUCUACAUUGUAGUGAUUAUGGCUCUUGUAUUACUUAGUUUUGGUGUUCCCAGAAAGGCAAUACUUUAUCCUCGUGAAGCACCGUCUUGGACACUUGCUAAAGAUAUAGUUUUUAAUCCAUACUGGAUGAUUUUUGGUGAAGUUUAUGCAUAUGAAAUUGAUGUGUGUGCAAAUGAUUCUUCUAUCCCUCAUAUCUGUGGUCCUGGGACAUGGUUGACCCCAUUUCUUCAAGCAGUCUACCUCUUUGUACAGUAUAUCAUUAUGGUUAAUCUUCUUAUUGCAUUUUUCAACAAUGUCUAUUUACAAGUGAAGGCAAUUUCCAAUAUUGUAUGGAAGUACCAGCGUUAUCAUUUUAUUAUGGCUUAUCAUGAGAAACCAGUUCUGCCUCCUCCACUUAUCAUUCUUAGCCAUAUAGUUUCUCUGUUUUGCUGCAUAUGUAAGAGAAGAAAGAAAGAUAAGACUUCGGAUGGACCAAAACUUUUCUUAACAGAAGAAGAUCAAAAGAAACUUCAUGAUUUUGAAGAGCAGUGUGUUGAGAUGUAUUUCAAUGAAAAAGAUGACAAAUUUCAUUCUGGGAGUGAAGAGAGAAUUCGUGUCACGUUUGAAAGAGUGGAACAGAUGUGCAUUCAGAUUAAAGAAGUUGGAGAUCGUGUCAACUACAUAAAAAGAUCAUUACAAUCAUUAGAUUCUCAAAUUGGCCAUUUGCAAGAUCUUUCAGCCUUGACGGUAGAUACAUUAAAAACACUCACCGCUCAGAAAGCAUCAGAGGCUAGCAAAGUGCAUAAUGAAAUCACACGAGAAUUGAGCAUUUCCAAACACUUGGCUCAAAACCUUAUUGGUGAUGGUCCUAUAAGACCUUCUGUAUGGAAAAAGCAUAGUGUUGUAAAUACGCUUAGCUCCUCUCUUCCUCAAAGUGAUCUUGAAAGUCAUAAUCCUUUUCUUUCUAAUAUUUUAAUGAAAGAUGACAAAGAUCCCCAAUGUAAUAUAUUUGGUCAAGAGUUACCUGCAGUAGCCCAGAGAAAAGAAUUUAAUUGUCCAGAGGCUGGUUCCUCUUCUGGUGCCUUAUUCCCAAGUGCUGUUUCCCCUCCAGAACUGCGACAGAGACUACAUGGAGUAGAACUCUUAAAAAUAUUUAAUAAAAAUCAAAAAUUAGGCAGUUCAUCUAAUAGUAUACCACAUCUAUCAUCCCCACCAACCAAAUUUUUUGUUAGUACACCAUCUCAGCCAAGUUGUAAAAGCCACUUGGAAACUGUAACCAAAGAUCAAGAAACUGUUUGCUCUAAAGUUACAGAAGGAGAUAAUAUAGAAUUUGGAGCAUUUGUAGGACACAGAGAUAGCAUGGAUUUACAGAAGUUUAAAGAAACGUCAAACAAGAUAAAAGAAAUACUAUCCUGUUCACAGAAUGACAGUACUUCUGAAAACACUUUGAAACGUGUGAGUUCUCAUGCUGGAUUUACGGAGUGUCAUAGAACUUCCAUUCCUCUUCAUUCAGAACAAGCAGAAAAAAUCAGUAGAAGGCCAUCUACCGAAGACACUUGUGAAGUAGAUUCCAAAACAGCUUUAAUAUCGGAUUGGUUACAAGAUAGACCAUCAAACAGAGAAAUGCCACCUGAAGAAGGAACAUUAAAUGGUCUAACUUCUCCAUUUAAGCCAGCUAUGGAUACAAAUUACUAUUACUCAGCUGUGGAAAGAAAUAACUUGAUGAGGUUAUCACAGAGCAUUCCAUUUACACCUGUGCCUCCAAGAGGGGAGCCUGUCACAGUGUAUCGUUUGGAAGAGAGUUCACCCAACAUACUAAAUAACAGCAUGUCUUCUUGGUCACAACUUGGUCUCUGUGCCAAAAUAGAGUUUUUAAGCAAAGAGGAGAUGGGAGGAGGUUUACGAAGAGCUGUCAAAGUACAGUGUACCUGGUCAGAACAUGAUAUCCUCAAAUCAGGGCAUCUUUAUAUUAUCAAAUCUUUUCUUCCAGAGGUGGUUAAUACAUGGUCAAGUAUUUAUAAAGAAGAUACAGUUCUGCAUCUCUGUCUGCGAGAAAUUCAACAACAGAGAGCAGCACAAAAGCUUACAUUUGCCUUUAAUCAAAUGAAACCCAAAUCCAUACCAUAUUCUCCAAGGUUCCUUGAAGUUUUCCUGCUGUAUUGCCAUUCAGCAGGACAGUGGUUUGCCGUGGAAGAGUGUAUGACUGGAGAAUUUAGAAAAUACAACAAUAAUAAUGGAGAUGAGAUUAUUCCAACUAAUACUCUGGAAGAGAUCAUGCUAGCCUUUAGCCACUGGACUUAUGAAUAUACAAGAGGGGAGUUACUGGUACUUGAUUUACAAGGUGUUGGUGAAAAUUUGACUGACCCGUCUGUGAUAAAAGCAGAAGAAAAGAGAUCCUGUGAUAUGGUUUUUGGCCCAGCAAAUCUAGGAGAAGAUGCAAUUAAAAACUUCAGAGCAAAACAUCACUGUAAUUCUUGCUGUAGAAAGCUUAAACUUCCAGAUCUGAAGAGGAAUGAUUAUACGCCUGAUAAGAUUAUAUUUCCUCAGGAUGAGCCUUCAGAUUUGAGUCUUCAGCCUGGAAAUUCCACCAAAGAAUCAGAAUCAACUAAUUCUGUUCGUCUGAUGUUAUAAUAUUAAUAUUACUGAAUCAUUGGUUUUGUCUGCAUCUCGCAGAAAUGUUGCUGUGUCACUUUUCCCUCAGGAGGAAAUUGUUUGGUAAUAUAGAAAGGUGUAUGCAAGUUGAAUUUGCUGACUCCAGCACAGUUAAAAGGUCAAUAUUCUUUUGACCUGAUUAAACUCAUCAGUCAGAAACUCCGUAUAGGAUAGAGCUGGCAGCUGAGAAAUUUUAAAGGUAAUUGAUAAUUAGUAUUUAUAACUUUCUAAAGGGCUCUUUAUAUAGCAGAGGAUCUCAUUUGACUUUGUUCUGAUGAGGGUGAUGCCCUCUUAUGUGGUGCAAUACCAUUAACCAAAGGUAGAUGUUCAUGCAGAUUUUAUUGGCAGCUGGUUUAUUGCCAUUCAACUAGGAAAAUGAAGAAAUCACUUAGCCUUUUGGUUAAAUGGCCGUCAAAAUUUUUCUUAGUGUGUUUAAUGUGUUUCAGUGAUGAUAUCACUGGCUUCCCAACUAGAUGCUCGUUCGCCACAGGAAGGGAAAUGACUUGUUCUAAUUCUAGGUUCACAGAGAAGAACUGAGCUGAAGACCAUUUCAAGAGGGAUGGUAUUUAUGAAUCAGGGUUAGGCUCCAUAUUUAAAGACAGAGCCAGUUUUUUGUUAAAUAGAACCCAAAUUGUGUAAAAGUGAUAGUUGGGUUUUUAACAUUGUUUUAUCAAGUCACUGUUAACUAGAAGAAAGCCAUGGUAAACUGAUAUAUAACCUAAAUUAUAAAAGGAGAAACCCAACUCACUCAUCAAGGGAAGUACUUUUUCCCUAUCUAUAUCCACAGCAACAACCCGGAACUUAGAUACUUCUCCGGAGAUUUUAUUGAUUGGCAUAUCAAAUCAGAAUGUAAACAUGAACUCUUGCAUGUAUUUAAAAUUGUGUUAGAACAUUUAAACAUGAAUGCUGUUUGUGGUACCUAAGAAAUUAAUUCAGUUGGAUUAUCAUUAUGUGAUACUGGCAGAUUGCAAUGCAACCUUAUGCCAAUAAAAUGUAAUUUAACAGCCCCAGAUAUUGUUGAAUAUUCAACGAUAACAAGAAAAGCUUUUCAUUGGACUAAAAAUUUUAUGCUUUAAUUUUUUUUUCUUUUUCUAUUUGUUUCCUUGGUACUAAUUUUAAUUUUUAUUUGGAAGGGAGCAGUAUAAAGCUUAUUUGUAUUCAGUAGUGUAUCUCAUAGAUACAGACAAGGCAAGAGAUGAUAAGCUGUUUAAAUAGUGUUUAAUGUUGAUUGGGGGUGGGGAGAAAGAAAAAGUGUAUUACUUAAAGAUAUUAUACUAUAUACAUUUUGUAUAUCAUUAAAUCUUUAAAAGAAAUGAAAUAAAUUUAUUAUGGUUUACAGA